CUGAGACCGCGACAUGCAAAACUACUAAAAAAUUACGGAGAAGACGAAUUCAGUUUUAGUGUCAGGCGCCCCGGUUUACCCGACGUUAGCCGUCGCCUAGCUUUGCCAUGUCCAGCCACGCCCGCUAGUAAGAGACUUUUCCUGUUUCCCGCCUGUGACUGUAAUUCCGUUAUUGCAGACGUUUAACUGGUACAGCAACACUCAGGAGACUCUCGCUCUUGCAAACAAUACCCAUUCGAUACGUGGACAAGUGGAUCUCUUGUUUGGCAUCCGUGGCUGUCCCAGAUCCGGUGUUCGGUGGUACAUUCCUGUCAUACUCCGUACCGAGUAUUCGUUGUGUUCUGGCGUUCCCCAUUCGUCGCUUUCUGCCUUCCUCCCAUUUUCUACAGUUCACGUGCACUACUCAGAGGGAUGAAGGAGGAGAACUAGCCGGUUGCCUCGCGUGCUCUAGUUGAAGGGUCACACUUGUGGAAAUCGUACGCGCAGACGAACCUCAUGGUGGAAGACAAGACGACGCUUCCCGCUAAAUAUAACUGCAAGAACGAUUUCUCUUGGCACAAGGCUCAAUGCUUGUGGACUUGCACUUACAGUCACCCUCAGUAUUCGAAGCAUCUGUGCAUGCACGCAAGUACUCGGAGAACCAUCUGUGCACAUUGUUGUCUCCGUGCAUUCACUUUAUGGGAUACUUCCGCGUGCCGCUGAGGCUGGAGACACGCCUGUCAUGUGGUCUGCAACUGUCUUGUCUUCUUGAAUUUCCUUCGUGGGCUUCAGCGUUUGACGUACGCGAGCAAGAUGGAGAGGAGCGACUCUGGGACCAACAGCAAACUUCUCCUUAUGGGGCGGGCAGGCGCGGGGAAGAGCUCGAUGCGCUCCAUCAUCUUCGCGAAUUACAUUCCAAGUGAAACGCAGAAACAGGCACCAACAUCUAACGUCGACCAUUCAACCCUGCGUUUCCUUGGCUGGCUCGAUUUGUCCAUUUGGGACUGUGGCGGCCAAGACAUCUUCAUGGAAAACUACUUUGAACUACAAAGAGAAAACAUUUUUGGGAACGCGGAGGUGCUUGUUUACGUGCUCGAGGUUCGUCGGAGUUCGCUCCUCGCUGCUGGUUUGGUAGAAGCAGCUGAGGCGGCUGCUUCAUCCGCAUUGUCCGAUCGUCGUUCGCACUCCGCAUCGUCUGUUGCCUCUCGGUCGCCGGUUGCAUCGUCCUCGUCUUCGGCGCUUCGUUCAGUAUCGUCGUCGUCCUCGUUUGCUGGCCCCCGCGCAUUGUCUUCAUCGUCAGCUGUGUUUCAUUCGCCCUCUUCUUCAUCCGCGUCGCCUGCACAGACUCUGCAGUCUGGUUCCUCGCACCCGGUUCUCGACGUUCGUUCAUCGUCCUCGCCUGCGUUGCUUCAUCCGUUUUCGUCCUCACUCGCUGCACGUCGUUCACCUGCAUCAUCCUGCUGUGCUGUCCCGAGUUGUCCUCUUUCCGCUCUUUGCCCCUCUUCUGCACCUGUCCCUGAUUCGUCUGUCCGCAUUCCGCCUUCGAACCGGCUUGCUGCCGUCCCUCUUUCUUCCUCGGUUUCUCUUUCUGCUUCUGACCGUCGUUCUGCUGCGCAUCUUCCCACGCGUAUCCCUCUUUCCCCGGCUUCGGUCUCUGUUUCUCCAUCUAAACCUCGUUCGCCGACUUCUUCGUCCGGCUUGCCUGGCGGCAACUCAGCGGAGGGGCGGCGUUCGGGUUCGCCUUCCUUUCGGCUGUCAUCUUCCCCGUUGUUUCCGCCUUCGACUACGCGGCUGUCUUCUGCGUUCGCACCCGUUUUCAGAAGCUUCUUGUCAGCAGGUUCCGUGCUUCGGGAGACUGUUCAGAGAGACGUUCGUCUCCAAGAGCUCGCCAAGGACGCCAGAUACAUCAGCGAGGCCCUCCAAAGCAUUUGGGUUUUCUCUCCCACAGCGAAAGUAUUCGUCCUCGUCCACAAGAUGGAUAUCGUUCCCGCUGAAGACCGGCCUAGAGUCAUCGCCUUCUACAAGAAGCUUAUCCGGGACCUUGCACGAGAGAAAGAAGUGGGUGUCUUUGCAACUUCGAUCUGGGAAGACACGCUGUUCCAAGCGUGGAGCACAAUCGUCGCGUCCUUGGUUCCGCAUGUCGAGGAUCUAGAGCGGGACUUGAGAGCUCUGUCUGAGCUAUGUGUCGCGGACGAAAUCGUUCUCUUCGAGAAAAAUACCUUUCUGGUCAUUUCGCACUGGUCCAGAAGGGAACAUCCAGACGCGCAACGCUUCGAGAAAGUCUCGAGCAGCUGCAAGCAGUUCAAAAUGACAUGCGCAAAGUCACAGAGCAAUUUCUCGAGUUUCGUCGCCCGAACGCCGACACUCUCCGCCUUCAUCGAGCGCUUUACUCGCAACACGUACAUCAUGAUCAUCAUAAGCGACCCAGGCGUGGAGCCAGCGGCGACGUUGUGUAAUAUCGACAGAGCUCGGGAGCACUUUAGCAAGUCUGCGCAAGCGAUGCAGGUCGGCCCGUCGUUGUGAGGCCGUGUCUGUCCAUGGAAUUUUCUCUCGAAACCAACGGUGCACUAUCCAGUUUGUUUCUCGGUUUUUCUUGAGUGAGACGAGUGCACGCCUCUCAGGUGUCUGCGCAGUUUCUACCUGCAGCUUCCCGCUGUUCUGCAUCGGGGGGAAAGGCGCUAUCGCACUGCCGUGCACAAAACUCCUCCCGUACAUCCUCCCUUUUUUUGUCAGCAGGG